AUGGUCAAAGCCGUGAAUAUCUCACACGAAGCGGAGCAGCUGUUCCAGCCCUAUAACUUCGAGAUGUUCCAGGACAUAAGACCCUUUUUGGAAGAAUAUUGGGCAACCUCAUUCCCCAUAGCUCUGACCUACCUGCUGCUCAUCUUUGUGGGGCAGAACUACAUGAAGGCGCGAAAGGGCUUCAACCUGCAGCGGCCUCUAAUCUUCUGGUCCUUCUGCCUUGCAAUCUUCAGUAUCCUGGGGGCAGUGAGGACGUGGAGCUACAUGGGAACUGUGCUACUUAAGAGGGGCCUAAAGAACACUGUGUGCUUCUGCCUCUUCACUGAGAAUUCCACAGUCAAAUUCUGGUCCUGCCUCUUUGUUCUCAGCAAGAUCAUUGAACUCGGAGACACAGCCUUCAUCAUCCUGCGUAAGCGGCCACUCAUCUUUGUGCACUGGUUCCACCACAGCACAGUGCUAGUGUAUGCAAGCUUUGGAUACAAGAACAAAUUGCCUGCAGGUGGCUGGUUCAUGACCAUGAACUUUGGUGUGCAUGCCAUCAUGUACACUUACUACACUCUGAAAGCUGCCAAUAUGAAGCCCCCCAGGAUGUUUGCCAUGCUGAUCACCAGCCUUCAGAUCCUGCAGAUGUUUAUAGGAGCCAUUGUUGGCAUCCUGACUUACAUCUGGAGGCAGGAACCAGGAUGCUAUACCACGACAGAACACUUCUUCUGGUCCUUAAUCUUGUAUACGACCUAUUUCAUUCUCUUCGCCCACUUCUUCCGCCAAUCCUACAUCAGGCCCAAGGUCGAAGCCAAGACCAAGAGCCAGUGAAGUGUUGGAAAGAAAGACAAAGCUCCAAGCUCUCUCUUUCCCAGGGCACUAAGGGGCUGGGCUUAGGCUUAAGAGAAUGAUUAGGGUGACUUACUUGCAUGGUUUCCCCAUAGGAUGUGUGUCCCAAGGUGGUAGGAAGUUAUGACAGACAAGACGCAUCACCCCUGGGAUGGGGGUGUGGUCUGGUACUUUGAUGUUUCUGUUUUUAAUGUGAAGGCCAAGCAGGCCCUGGGAUGAGGGUGCGACUGAGGAGGAUCCCCAGAUCUGAGUUAUUUAUAUUUCUAUCCAGAAAUCUUUCUUCUUCUUGCUCUUGUUUUUUAAAUUAAAGAUUUCAAGAAGAUUUUGGGGAUUUGGGGAAGAAGGGGCUGCUGUGAUGGGAAAAGGCUGCUGGCAGUGGAGUGACCAGCAGGUGGGAAGCCUGACGAUGUGUGAAAGGAUGAGAGGCACAUACAAA